AUGGGAUGUGGAGAGGGCCUGGAGACUCCGCUUACCAUCGUCCCACACAGGGUCAACAUCCGCAGUUGCCAGUGUAAUGUGGUGGUUGUUGGAGGUGUAGUGGUGGUGGUUGUUGGAGAUGUUGGAGGUGUAGUGGUGGUGGUUGUUGGAGGUGUAGUGGUGGUAGUUGUUGGAGGUGUUGGAGGUGUAAUGGUGGUGGUUGUUGGAGGUGUAGUGGUGGUGGUUGUUGGAGGUGUAGUGGUGGUGGUUGUUGAAGGUGUAGUGGUGGCAGUUGUAGGAGGUGUAGUGGUAGUGGUUGUUGGAGGUGUUGGAGGUUUAGUGGUGGUGGUUGUUGGAGGUGUAGUGGUGGUGGUUGUUGGAGGUGUAGUGGUGGUGGUUGUUGGAGGUGUAGUGGUGGUGGUUGUUGAAGGUGUAGUGGUGGCAGUUGUAGGAGGUGUAGUGGUGGUGGUUGUUGAAGGUGUAGUGGUGGCAGUUGUAGGAGGUGUAGUGGUGGUGGUUGUUGGAGGUGUAGUGGUGGCAGUUGUAGGAGGUGUAGUGGUAGUGGUUGUUGGAGGUCUUGGACGUUUAGUGGGGGUGGUGGUUGUUGGAGGUGUAGUGGUGGUGGUUGUUGAAGGUGUAGUGGUGGCAGUUGUAGGAGGUGUAGUGGUGGUGGUUGUUGAAGGUGUAGUGGUGGCAGUUGUAGGAGGUGUAGUGGUGGUGGUUGUUGGAGAUGUAGUGGUGGUGGUUGUUGGAGGUGUUGGAGGUUUAGUGGUGGUGGUGGUUGUUGGAGGUGUAGUGGUGGUGGUUGUUGGAGGUGUAGUGGUGGUGGUUGUUGAAGGUGUAGUGGUGGCAGUUGUAGGAGGUGUAGUGGUGGUGGUUGUUGGAGAUGUAGUGGUGGUGGUUGUUGGAAGUGUAGUGGUGGUGGUUGUUGAAGGUGUAGUGGUGGUGGUUGUAGGAGGUGUAGUGGUAGUGGUUGUUGGAGGUGUUGGAGGUUUAGUGGGUGUAGUGGUGGUGGUUGUUGGAGGUGUAGUGGUGGAGUUGUUGGAGGUGUAG